UCUCAUUUCAAUCAUCCCUUCACCAGAUAAGAGCUAUAACACCAUGGCAUCUCACCGCCACGGCGGCCGCAGUCUCGGCCUCGUGGCAACGCUGCCACAGUUCGUUGUGGUGGCAUUGGCCAUUCUAGCUACUUCGAGUAUAGUUUCAGCUGACCCUUACAUAUAUUCUUCUCCACCUCCACCGUACGAGUACAAGUCACCACCACCUCCUUCUCCGUCCCCGCCUCCACCAUAUGUUUACAAGUCUCCACCACCUCCAUCUCCUUCCCCACUGCCACCAUAUGUGUAUAAAUCUCCGCCACCACCAGAGCCAUCUCCACCACCACCGUAUGUAUACAAGUCACCUCCCCCACCUUCUCCUUCCCCGCCACCACCAUAUUUGUAUAAAUCUCCGCCACCACCAUCCCCAUCUCCACCACCACCGUACGUGUACAAAUCACCUCCACCACCUUCUCCUUCACCUCCUCCGCCAUACGUGUACAAAUCACCACCACCACCUUCUCCUUCCCCUCCUCCACCAUACGUGUACAAGUCACCACCACCACCUUCUCCGUCUCCCCCACCGCCAUACUACUACAAGUCGCCUCCACCACCUGAUCCCUCACCGCCACCACCAUACUACUACAAGUCUCCUCCACCACCUUCUCCCUCACCACCACCACCAUACUACUAUAAGUCACCACCUCCUCCAUCUCCCUCUCCUCCACACCAUCCAUACUAUUACAAGUCACCGCCUCCUCCAUCUCCAUCACCUCCACCACCAUACUAUUACAAGUCACCACCUCCUCCAUCACCGUCUCCUCCACACCAUCCUUACUACUAUAAGUCACCGCCUCCUCCAUCUCUAUCACCUCCACCACCAUACUACUACAAGUCACCACCUCCUCCAUCACCGUCUCCUCCACACCAUCCUUACUACUAUAAGUCACCGCCUCCUCCAUCGCCAUCUCCUCCACACCAUCCUUACUACUAUAAGUCACCACCUCCUCCAUCGCCAUCUCCUCCACACCAUCCCUACUACUACAAGUCUCCACCUCCUCCAUCGCCUUCUCCGCCACACCAUCCUUACUACUACAAGUCUCCACCUCCUCCAUCUCCCUCACCGCCACCUCCGUACUACUACAAAUCUCCUCCACCUCCCUCACCAUCACCACCACCUCCCUACUACUACAAAUCACCGCCUCCACCAUACUACUACACUUCUCCUCCGCCACCAGCGCCAGUCCCUUACCACCCACCGCACCACCACUCAUUCGUAGUCAAGGUGACCGGAAAAGUGUAUUGCUACCGGUGCUACGAUUCCGAACACCUAGAGAAAUCUCAUGCCAAGAAGCAUCUCAAAGGUGCCGUAGUGGAAGUAACAUGCAAAGGAGGUGAGAAAGAAGUUGUUGCAUUUGGCAAAACAAAAAUCAAUGGAAAAUACAGCAUUCCAGUUGAAGGAUUUGAAUAUGCUAAAUAUGGAGCAAAGGCUUGCAAAGCAAAACUUCAUGCACCACCUAAGGAUUCUAAGUGUAGCAUUCCAACUGAUCUUCAUUGGGGAAUCAAGGGUGCUAAACUUAAAGUGAAGUCCAAGAAUCACUAUGAAGUUGUCUUGUAUGCUAAGCCAUUCGCUUAUGGUUCCACGGCCCCUUACGAGAAAUGCCACAAGCCUAAGCCCAGCCCCGUCCCAGCACCGUACUACUACAAGUCUCCACCACCACCAUCGCCGACUUACAUUUAUAAAUCCCCACCGCCUCCUCCUUAUGUGUACAAGUCCCCUCCACCUCCAUCGACACCGGCUUACGUAUACAAAUCCCCAUCGCCUCCUCCUUAUGUGUACAAGUCCCCUCCACCUCCAUCGACACCGGCUUACAUAUACAAAUCCCCUCCGCCACCUCCUUACGUGUACAAGUCCCCUCCACCCCCAUCGCCAGUUUACGUAUACAAGUCCCCUCCACCACCUCCUUACCUCUACAAGUCCCCUCCACCCCCAUCGCCGGUUUAUGUAUACAAGUCUCCUCCACCACCUCCUUAUGUGUACAAGUCGCCACCCCCUCCAACACCAGUUUACCUUUACAAGUCCCCUCCACCCCCGUCGCCGGUUUACGUAUACAAAUCUCCCCCACCACCGCCUUACGUAUACAAGUCUCCACCUCCUCCAACACCAGUUUACCUUUACAAGUCCCCUCCACCCCCGUCGCCGGUUUACAUAUACAAAUCUCCCCCACCACCGCCUUACGUAUACAAAUCACCACCUCCUCCAACACCAGUUUACCUCUACAAGUCCCCUCCACCCCCUCCAUACAUUUAUAAAUCACCACCACCUCCAUCACCAUCUCUUCCACACCAUCCUUACUACUACAAGUCUCCACCACCUCCAUCACCAUCUCCUCCACACCAUCCCUACUACUACAAGUCACCGCCUCCUCCGUCUCCAUCACCACCGCCACCAUACUACUACAAGUCACCACCUCCUCCGUCGCCAUCUCCUCCACACCAUCCGUACUACUACAAGUCACCACCUCCUCCAUCUCCAUCACCACCAUACUACUACAAAUCACCACCACCACCGUCUCCAUCACCACCACCUCCCUACUAUUACAAGUCUCCACCACCUCCAUCGCCAUCUCCUCCACACCAUCCAUACUACUACAAGUCACCACCUCCUCCAUCUCCAUCACCACCACCACCAUAUUACUACAAAUCACCACCACCACCAUCACCGUCGCCACCACCCCCCUACUAUUACAAGUCUCCACCACCUCCAUCGCCAUCUCCUCCACACCACCCCUACUACUACAAGUCACCACCUCCUCCAUCUCCAUCUCCACCACCACCAUACUACUACAAAUCACCUCCUCCACCCUCACCAUCACCACCACCUCCUUACUACUACAAGUCUCCUCCACCACCAUCGCCGUCUCCUCCACACCAUCCCUACUACUACAAGUCACCUCCUCCGCCCUCACCAUCUCCCCCACCACCUUACUAUUACAAAUCUCCCCCACCACCAUCGCCAUCUCCUCCACCACCGUACUACUACAAAUCCCCACCUCCCCCAUCUCCAUCAUCACCACCACCUUACUACUACAAGUCUCCUCCACCACCAUCGCCAUCUCCUCCACACCAUCCCUACCACUACAAGUCUCCACCACCUCCAUACGUCUACAAAUCACCACCGCCGCCAUCACCAUCUCCUCCACCUCCAUACGUCUACAACUCACCCCCACCACCAUCGCCAUCUCCUCCACACCAUCCCUAUCACUACAAAUCACCUCCACCACCAUCACCUUCUCCUCCACCCCCAUACUACUACAAGUCUCCCCCACCACCUUCCCCCUCACCCCCACCACCAUACGUUUACAAAUCCCCACCUCCCCCCUCACCAUCACCGCCUCCUCCAUACCACUACUCAUCACCUCCACCACCCGUAAAAUCCCCUCCUCCACCCGUAUACAUCUACGCAUCUCCACCUCCUCCCACUCAUUAUUAAGCUAUGAGAACUUUGCAGUAUUCAAUCCAAAAGAUCAGAAAAUAAUUACUUCACAGUUUCAAGUUUCAAGAGCUAGUGGGUUAUUCAAUAAGGUCCGGUACAUGUUAGAAAACUUCAUCAAAUUUGUGUUGGACCAGUUUGCGUCUGUGUCUUUGGCUGUUCUGUUGCACAUUGUCUUAUUGAUGCAAUCUCAAAUCAAGUGAGGAUUUAGAUAAAAGUUACUUUUAGGUUUGAGGUUGUUUACUAUUUAAAAUUUAUGUUUGUAUAGGAUGGCCUUGUUUGAUUGAAUUUAUAUUCAUUUCACAUUGCAAUUCCUUGUGUUCUUUGUUUCAUGUGAAUUUAAAUGUUAGCAAUAUAAGAAAUAUUAGUUUUUCUUCUCA